UGCAUCUGGCCGGCACUCGAGCUGUUCGCAGCUCCCAAUCCGCCCAUCCAUGGGAUCCAUCCAUCCCCAUCGAUCGCAUCCCACGUAUCACAUCACUCUUGGACGGGCUCGAGUGUGUCGAGCGCCCGCUGCAGGUCGGGGGCCAGGCCGCAGUCCACCUCAGUCGGCUCCUUGGACAGAUCCUCAAACCUCAACCGAUGGCAGUGCAGAAACACACGGGGACACCUGUACGUACACAGAUACACAGACAGACAGACGCACAGCCAGAACACCCAACCAAUCAGCAUAUUGUGUGGACUGACUGACUGGACUUGUGUGCAAUUUCAUUUGGCCGACCGACCGACUGACCAUUGUCUGUCGGUGUUGCCGAGGCCCGUGCCGGCGAGGUACUUGGCGUCGGCAACCAGGGGAUGGCCAGCAUGCUUCAGAUGCACCCUGUCAGAAGCACGUGGCCCUCACAGACACACGCCCACAUGGAUGAGCAGCAUGACAACCAUGGUAUGAUGAUAACUCACCCCACCUGAUUUGGUGUGUCCGUCCAGUGACGAGCUUGACGCGGCACAGUGAGAGCACCUCGCCAGUGUCGGGGUGGCGGUAGCCCCUUUGCCCCUCGAAGAAGGUCAGCGCCGUCUAUAUCAGGCACACACAGGCCACGUCGAGGAACUGUGUGUGGCUCCCUUUGCCCGCUUACCCUUCCAGCGUCGGACACUUCGGUGAAGAGGCUGUUUUGGGGGCCACGGCUGGUGCGGAGCUUCGCGUCAACUGCAGACGGACAGCCACGUGGUGGCACGCGGAAGUUCUGGCACUGUGUGACUACAUUGUGUGUACCUUUGUGUUCUCCGGGCGCGACGUCGCCGUGCACAAGGCACAUGUACUCCUGACCGAAUGAAUGACGAUACGACACGUCGAGUUUGCCAUCAACCGGUGAGUGAGGUGACGCGUUGCAAGGCCUCCCACCCCACUGGCCACUGGCUGGCUGACCUUGUGCACAUAUCUAGCUUCGAACAGCAGCCGGCUGUAGUAGAAACCCUUGUACGUCUUGGCUACGAGAAUCGGACCUGAUAUACACACAGACAGAGACCACCGGGACGAACAUACAUAUUCGUCACACAGCGAGCGGCUCGCCCUGCCCCUUUUUCCCUUCAUUCUCACUCACCGCUGGUGUGUAUGUCGAGUCUGUGUGUAAAGCCGAAUGACACGAGUGGGUCGUUGGACACCUCACUGGGAAAGUGGUCGCGCACCCACUGCUGCAGCAGCAUCGACGAGCCGACACAGCCGGCCUUCGCACCAGGGCCAUCAUCACCACCACCACCAGGGGCGUCGGAUGUGUCGUCGGCUUGGUCGUCAGCUGCCUCAUCCGAUUCGUCCCUCUUCAUCCCUGACCCACCGUGUGAGAGAUUCACGUGUGCACAUACAUUUGGGAAUGCAUGCACACGUGUGUGUGUGUGAGCGUGUGUGACGUGACUGACCUCGUUGGUUGUGGAGGCCGCCCAGUAUGCCAUCUGACGGGGUGUAGGGAUUCACUAUCCACCCUGGCGGCUUGUAGAAGACCUGCACACAGACAUGAUACACACCACACACACACAGAGAGGAAGAAACAGUGAGUCCUUCGGCUCCCUCGUGGAUGGGUGCACACACACAGGCAUACAGAUCACGCACAAAGGCUCUCACCCCCUGGCCACCACCACAUGACACUCAGACAGAGAAGCAUCGGGCAGCAGAGAGAAGAGCGAGUCAUGCAGGCGGUCUCGCUGUGCAAGAUGCAGGCUAGAGGUACUGUACUGGCCACCACUCCCCACCACACGGCUGACUCUCCCCGCCAGCUCAUGCAAGUACUCUGUAUCGAGAACACGCGCACAUCUCAGCGCAUCCACGCACACAUGGAAACACCCCCACUCCAGCUGGAACCGCCGUCGCCACGCAUCCAUAAUCGCGUCGUGUGAUAGGGGGAAUGAUGAGCCACGGAGGAACUUCUGCAGCCGGUGUUGGUGCACCACGGCCUCCGGAUACUCACGCCGAUAAAGCGACGGCUCCUUCCACGGCAGAAGGGCCGAUCGGCUCAGCAGCUCUCCUCUUAGCAAAGACCACACCCCAGUGAACACGACCUCGUCGGCGCACAGUCCGGCCAUCUUGGCGUGUGAUUGCGCGAGGCUCGCCAGGUGGGUCCAUGACAGCAGCAGCGCCUUUUGGUGCGACAUGCGCUCGGACGCUCUCACGAACCGCGCGAAAGAGGUGGAAGGGGCAGCUGAUGGGGUGGUGAGGAGCCGCUCGAUGAACGUGGUAAGCCGGCAGAGGGCAUCCAGGCUCACAGCCGACCUCUCCAGCUCAUCGGCCACCCGCGAUGCAACCGUGUCACCGAUCUCAUGUGCCGUGUUGACGUCGAUCAGUUCAUCAACUGGCUUGCCGCUCGCCAUGGCAGCCCCAGCGACCUCAUCCAGAUCCUUCCAUCCAUAGUGCCGAGCAUUUGCCGACACGUGACGCAGCGCACCCUUCAGCAACGGCUCAUGGUCGAUAGCCGCCCGCCGGCAGCUGCCCACAAGGUUGCUGACGUCUUGCGCUCGGUAAGGCCGGAUAUCACCACUCAGCAGCCUCGACGCUUCCUUGGUUGCUAUCGACUCGAGAGCGGUGCGGCAAGGGACUCGCGAGGUGGAGAGAGCCCAAGCGGCUGCGGCUGCAUCUGAGGACGAGAAGUCAGUCACGUGCUGGUGGAUGUGGAGGGCUGCCGCAGCGAACAGCUGCUGGACUGUGGCGUGUCUGCAGCUGCCUGCGACCGCAAAGGCCCAGAGGAGCUUGGACAGCUGUGGGGGCGAGAUGGAGGAGCGCCGCAGACGGGCCAGAACCUCAUUCGCCGCUCUCUCAUGGAAAGCCGUGAGGGGAUCAGAUGGGUGUGCUGAGCCGGCUGCCUCGCUCCCGCCACCAUCACGAUCACCAGCUGCCGACCGCCCGUCGAUGCUGGCUACGAAAUUGGCCAUGGAGACCAUGAAGACAGUCAGCUCGUGAGGUGACAAGGACUCGAGCCGCUGGCCGAGCUCAUUCGCGAGCUUCUCCACCACAUGGCUGGGACACAUGCGCACCGACGAGAAGGCCCAGAGGAUGUUGGCAACGUGCUGGGCCGAAAAGGAUGACAGAGGGGGAAUGCCGCACUCCUCUGACAGCCCCUUGCUGAUGUGCUCAAAGGCCUCGUAUAGGCGGGGGCUGCGGUGUCCGUGCCGGUGAAGGAUGGCCAGCGACCACAAGGCAUUGGACACACCCUGGGAGCUGCACUCAUGAAGGGUCGACACGAACCGGCCCACAAUGCUCUCGAUGCGGCUGCUGCUGAGCGGGUUGGCUGGCUGCAGGACUUUUUUCUGCGUCAUAGUGGCAACGGCCCACAGCAGGUUGACCGUCUCGAUGGGGAUGAAGCGAUGAAGCUCCCUUGCGACGAUGGGAUCCAUGCGCACCAUAAUGCUGUCAGUCAGCUCGUGCAAUGCUGAACUAUCCGAUGACGGCUCGGUGAACACUGCCAGUGCCCAUGAGAGGUUGCCCACGUCGCGGCUCCGCCACUUGCCCGGCUGGCUGUCGAGGGCCGCACUCAGCAGCUGCAGCACCCUCAUCUCGUGUGGACCACUGACAGAGCUCCCCUUGCCACCUUUCUUGAGCUUGGCCAGCCGAUGGGCCGCUGUGACCAGAUUGAUGCGGUCGAAGUCGGCAGCAUGCCGGUCGAUCAGCCGUGUCAAGGCCUCCAGAGUGUGAGCAUCCCUAAGCCUGUUGUUGAGCAUGAGCUGCAGGGAGCUGAUGGACGCCAGUGUGUCGGGCAUGUCCUCAAGGGGGCGGGGUGGUUCACGAGUCGUGACGGUGGAGGGGUCCCUCUUGUGUGAGUGGAUGUAAGAGAAGAAGCGGCACUGCUGCUGGAAGGACGGCCGGAUGAGAGCUGGCCCGGUUGUUGUGAGGGCAGGGGUCGUUGCCUGGUUGGCAGCACAGCACACAAAGCCACCCUCGCGAGCAACACAAUGGAUAGAUACGGGCAUCCAUGCAUCAAUAAUGAAUGCAGCAGGGGGUGAGAGCACCACACCACACACGCACCCCGCCCCACCCACUCCCUCUUCCCCCCACUCCACUCACCAUCAGAUUCUCCGUCUCGGCCAGUACGCGAGGAGGGUCGCCGCUCAACAAGUCCACCUUCCUCGGCUGCUUCGGCACCGCAGCGCCCCUCCCGCCGUUGGCAUCCCUCAGCGCCGCAUCGAGGAACCUCGUGACCUGUUUGGCGAGGAAGUCGAAGUCGGAUCGGUCCAGCUGCUGGCUGUAUGCGAGCGACCAGACGACCGUCUUGACCAUCUCGAUGUCGUACGUCUUGACAACCAUCUCGCUGUUCUCUCCAAGUGACCGUAGGUGCCGGAGCAACGCAUUGAGGAAGUCGCCAUCCAGCCGACCCGCCUCAGCAAGUGCCCAUGUGACGUGGGAAAGGCCCGUUUUGCUGAAGUCAUAAAGACGGGGGAUGGCCGCUCGUGCGACGGCGUCGAAGAAGGCCGGGUGCGGCACGGUGACCUGCCCCAUCGCCCAAGCCGUGUGGGCCAUGUCCUGUGUCGAGAAGUCUUCUGGCUUGGUGGUGAGGAGGUGGGUGAACCGGUCGGCCAGCCGGACAAACAGCUGCGGGUGACGCUCGGUGGCUCCGUCACGCCCGCCUGCAGAGGCAAAGGAUUUGACCAGAGAUGAGACCACGAUUGUGAGGGCACUGGCAGGGAAGGCAUCUAUCACACGCCCCGCGCCCAACAAAGCCGCAAAGGCAUCACACAGCCGAGCCGACUCGUCUGCCGACGGUGGUGGGGUGGCCCACUCGCUGCUGUUGGUGUUGGUGUUGGUGUUCUUGUCAGUGGCCGUUCUCCAUUUCCGGUAUUCCCAGAAGAGGGAGCCGAUGCCGGCCGACCAGAGCACUGCUGCCGCCUCCCCCGGCUUGAAGUGCUCAGCUGACCCUGCCGCCCGCCGCAUCAGCAACGUCAUGGCCGCCCCCCACUCUGGCCGUGCAACCUCUGCCGGCAAAUCGACGUCAGUCAGCUCCCACUCGCUCGCACGCCGUCUGUCGGGGACAGUAGCAGUCUCUUCGCCGAGUGUGGCUGCUGUGGCUGCUGUGGCCGGGUGGGGGGUCAUGUUGAGGGCCAGUGCCUUGGCCGAUGGGUCCUCCAGCCGCUGCUUCACUUCCCGUGUCUGUAUCUGCAUACCUUCCACAGUGACGGUCGCGAACGCCCACAUCGUGUUGGAAAUCCCCUGCGGAUGGAACUGCUCCACGCGGCCCUCACGCAGGAUCUCUCGCGCCACCUCGCGAAACAGACGGACGUGCGGCGCGCCGUCGAGGCCCAGAGUUGCGUAAGACCACACGAGGUUCGACAGGCCUUGGACAGGAAAGCUCUUAAGCUUGCGGGGGGCUCGCUCAGCGAUGGCCAGCAGCAUCUCUCGGAUGGCGAUAGCCAGGCUGGGGUACUUGUCCUCGAGCAUCUCCCUGUCGAAGCCGAGGGUGGCGAGCGACCAUGCCGUGUUGGUCAUGACCUGGUUGACGGCCGAGUGGUGCACUCUGCCGCCCUGCAGGUCCUUCUGGAUGCGCCGCAGCACCGUCACGAACAGCGAGGCCUUCUCGAGAAUCAGCUGAUGGACGGGCGUGGGCGACUCGCCGCCCGUCGAGCGACGGUACUCCCGCACCAGACUCUGGUGCUUGCCUUGCUUGUAGAACUGCGCGCGAGCCUGCUUGCCCCCACUGAACUUGGCUAGCCGAUGGACGCCCGUCACCAAAUUCACCUGACACCCCCCCCCCCCCAACACACACAUCCAACCAUGGAGGCCCUCGUUUUCUGUGUGAGUAUCUAUCUGGUUCUCUUACUGUGUCCAUGUUCCGUCCCUCAUCCUCAAGCAGCUUCACGACCUCCUCUGGCGUCUGUGUGGCCCCGAGCAUCUUAUUGAGCUCCACAUUCCGAUGGAAACCGUCCUGGUCGCUCCUGCGAGACCCCUGUGUCCGCCUCAACUGUCCCUCUCCGGACGCAGCCGCAACCUCCCGGCUGUCACCUUGUGUUGCGGCCGAUUCCGAGCUGAACGGCCGUCGUGCAGUCACGCGGGAGAGAGGCCAGGCCGGCUGCCGCAUGCCGCAGGGUACCCCACCCCACCCGACAACAAAGUCCAAGGCAGAGGCGCACAUCACACAGAUGGAAUGAACGCAUCAGGACAGGCACAGCAUGGCAUGGCAUGGCACGCAUCGUGUGCAAGAAGCCACAGCACCCAUAGGCAUCAGCCAUGCACCCCAAUCUGAUCUGAUUUGAUCUUCCCCCCGUCUGCCUUCCCACUAACUUACCCUUUGGUGCUGAUUCUCCUUCAGAAGCCGCGGCGGAUCCGCAUCGGCUGCAGUACGAGUCAUGGAAAACCACCGCCUCGACCGCCAUGAAGGGUAAGGGAUAAGAGGAGGCUCAACUGCUCCUCUGCUGCUCACAGGCAAGCCCCGUCUUCCGCACAGAGACCUCUCGUCAUCAGCAGAUCUGCGUGGGCAGGGCGGCCUCGCGGGCUGCAGAGAGGGACCGUCGCACGGCCUUGCUGCUGUGGCCCUCCUCGCAGGGAGCCGCAGAUGUCGCUCCAGAAGACCCAUUGUGGAUGAUUGAAAGAGGUCGUUUGUGGAUGGCGAUCGGCUUGCUGCGUGCCCUGGUGCCUAUCCAUAUAGCGAAACGGCGCUAGAUCUUCC